CGACCGUCGCGACCAUGGCGGCCGCCGUCGCCGGCGCCGACGCCCUGCGGGAGGUGCUGAGCGCCGCGGGCGGCGGCGCGGGGAACACGCCGCCGCCCAUCGUCUGCCCCGGCCACACGCGCCCGCUGGCGGAGGUCGCCUUCUCGCCGCAUACGCCCGACGGCUACUUUUUGAUCAGCGGCUGCCUCGACGGGUCGCCCAUGCUCCGCGACGCGUCGUCGGGCGACUGGAUCGGGACCUUCGCGGGCCACAAGGGCGCGGUCUGGUCCGCGCAGCUCUGCUCCGAGGCGCGGCUCGCGGCGACGGGCAGCGGCGACUUCAGCGCGAAGGUCUGGGACGCGGUCACGGGCGCGUGCCUCGCCACGCUCGAGCACAAGCACAUCGUCAAGAGCGUGGACUUCCGCGGGGACCGCGCGUGCCUCGCGACGGGCGGCCACGAGGGUCUGGCGCGCGUCUACGACGUCGAGCGCGGGUUGGGCGCCCAUCGACUGCCCCGUCCACUUCCGCGAGGAGGGCGGCGCGUCCCUGCGCCCCGACGGCCGCGAGCUCGUGCUCGGGGGCGGCCGCCACGGCGGCUCGCGCCAGGGCGCUUUAGGCGUCGAGAAGGGCGCGACCAUGGUCGGCGACAUCGGCUCGGACCUCACGGUCUUCUCCGUCGACGUCGACAGCGGCGCGAUCACGCACGAGCGCAAGGGCCACUGCGGCCCCGUGCGCUGCCUCCGCUACCACCCCGACGGCACAAGAUUCGCGACGGGCUCCGAGGACGGCACGAUCCGCCUCUGGGACGUCGCGCCGCCGGGCGCGGACUGAAGUCGCGACGCAGCCACCCCAAGUCCUCGGGCUGCUUCGCAAAGAAGAACGCCGAGCGCCUCCCGCGCGGAGGCCCUCGCACCGCCUCGGCGCCGCCGGGAGCCCGUUCCCGCGGGCUCCGCGGCCGUCGCGCCGCGCCCGGAAGUCGCCGGGCCGCGCGCCGAGAGACGAACCAAGACGACCGCCCCGGGUCGUCGUCGGCGCGCGCCCGCCGCGAGGCGGACGACCACCGAGACACGGGCCGCGGCGCCGCGAACCGGCGCCCGGAGCUCGAACCACGAACCGAAAACAAACGCGCGACGCUCGGCCCGACCGGCCGCGUCCGGACCACCACCGGCCCUUCUCGCCGACCGGCGGCCAGACGCGCGCGGCGUCUCUCCCCUUCGCCGCGCCGAGGUCCGCCCGCGAGCCGCGGCUCCGCGAGCGCCGCGCGAGCCGCGCGCGCUCCGUCGACCGCGCCCGCGGCCUCGCCACGCGAGCCUCCUCCUCCCCCCAUUCCACACGACCAAAACGCACAAAAUAGUAAACGACCCCCUCCCUCCG